AUGAACGGAGAAUCUGAAACCGGGUUCGAUCUGCUACUGGAUGCAGCCACACAAAUCGAUGAAGCGAUCAAUUACCGUGGUCGCGGUCACGAUCACCGGUAUUCAAUGCCAGGACCAGAACAGUCAACUUGCCACACUGCAGACACCAGUUCCAGCAUGUUCUCUUCCGGAGUAUCAUCGUUUACUCCCGAGCCACGCUUCGCUCGCGUUGGCAGUAGCGCCAAGAAACGCCUAGUGUUUUCCGAUAUGUCUGAUGCCAUAAAUCGGCUGUCACCCUUGCCAUGGAACACCAAAUCACGAAGCUCCAGCAGUCUACCGGAACGAUCUUCCGAAUCCAUUCGAGCAAGAACUGUGAAGCAGAAUAAUAAUCGAUCUAUUCUUCCUGGUUUGACCACGUCCGAGUUCAAUGCAAAGCAUAGUGUUCAGUUUCCUGACAAAACUGAAAAAGACGCUGUAAAUAAGCCUCGAGGAUAUUCUUAUUCGUUAGCCGACCGAGCUUUCGAUCCUGUGCGUACCAGAGCUACUGAGCGGAACUUCACUUCUGAUAACUCUUCAAAGCCUCAAAUCUCGUCCUCGUCGAAGCUGCCUGAUUCCGUUAUUCGGUCUCGAACACUAUUUUCGGUGGCUGAUCGAGCUUUCGGCCCUAAUCGUACCGAAGUAGCUCAGCGGAUUGUUGCAGAAAAAUCUCGUCCCUCGUUCAAGUCUCGAGCACAACUUUAUUCGCUGGCUGAUCGAGCUAUUGGUCCUGUGCUUACCACAGGUUACAAACCUCUAACCUCGUCCUCGUCGAAGCCGACAGAUGCCGUAAGUCGGUUCAAGGCUCGACCACGUCCGCAGGCUGUGCGAUUCAAUUAUGUGCAUACCGGAGCUGCUGAGCGAAAUUUCGCUUCGGAUAACCCUUCCAUGUCUCAAACGUCGUCUUCGUCGAAGCUGUCAACUGAAUGA